UGCUGUUUCUUCAUCUUUGCAGAGCACUUGAAGGCUAGAAAACAUGAAAUUUGGGAAGCAAUUCACGGCACAAAUGGUGCCGGAAUGGCAAGAAGCAUACAUGAAUUAUAAUUAUCUAAAAACCCUUUUGAAAGAAAUCCAACAUUUCAGGCAAAAAAACCGGCCGCCACCCACCCCGGCUGGCCUAAAGCGAAAGGCCACACUUUACAGAGCUUUUAGUGGGCUAACACAGAGACACAAUCAACCCACAAGCCCAUCCACCCCUGAUCACGACAUUGAGACACAAGCCAUUCUAGUCAAAUCGGCGAACCGGGGUGGCUCCCAGAGCUGUCAGACUACGUUUCUCAUGGCCUCCGACGAUGGCGGAGAAUAUGAGUUAGUUUAUUUUAAGAGGCUGGACGAUGAAUUCAACAAAGUGGACAUGUUUUACAGGUCCAAGGUGGAGGAGGUGAUGAAGGAAGCUGCUACCCUUAAUAAGCAAAUGGAUGCUUUGAUUGCUUUUCGGAUCAAAGUGGAGAAUCCUCAUGGCAGCUUUGAUAUGUCGGUAGAGAUGUCUCGUCUCGCUUCUGAUGUUGCAGCUUCAACUGCUGCCUUGUCGGCUUCUACACCAAGAGGAGCCAGAGCAAGAAGAGUUGCGAUGGGCAUGGAUGUGAUUGAAGAGAGUGAACAGAGCAGCCAUGGACAAUCAGAGGAAUGGAGUGAGGAAAAAGAUGUGGAGGAGACCGAAAUGGUGAAUUACCAAAAGGUUCAAGUACCGAAGCCGAAGAAGCUCGGGGGCACUAGACCAGCUCCACUGGAAGUGCUUAAGCAUGUGAAAAUGAACAUCACUAAGGAGACUCCUCGUUCAACCAUUAAAGGAUUUCUCCACCCUUUGCAGACAGAGCUGGAAUUCAGUAGGGAAAAUCUCAAGAAAGUUGAAGGAAAACUUAAGCUGGCUUUUGUUGAAUUUUUCCAGAAGCUUCGGCUUCUAAGGAGCUAUAGCUUCUUGAACACACUGGCAUUUUCAAAGAUCAUGAAGAAAUAUGACAAGAUUACUUCACGGAAAGCAUCAAAAUCUUACAUGAAAAUGGUGGAUAACUCCUUCCUUGGCAGCUCUGAUGAGGUUUCCAAGCUUAUGGAAAGGGUUGAAGCUACAUUCAUCAAGCAUUUCUCCAACUCCAACCGCAAUAAAGCCAUGAACAUCCUGAGACCGAAGGCAAAGAGAGACAAACAUAGGAUAACAUUUUCCAUGGGUUUCUUUGCUGGGUGCACAGCAGCUCUGAUAGUAGCUCUUAUUUUGAUUAUACGUGCCCGCGGUAUCAUGAAGGAGAAGGGUGGCACCCAGUACAUGGAGAACAUGUUUCCCCUUUACAGCUUGUUUGGAUUUAUAGUCCUGCACAUGCUGAUGUAUGGCGCAAAUAUCUAUUUCUGGAGGCGGUACCGAGUCAAUUAUUCCUUCAUAUUUGGAUUCAAGGAAGGAACAGAUGUUGGGUACCUUGAAGUUCUUCUCCUCAGUUUUGGUCUUGCAGCACUUGCACUAGCCAGUGUGCUCUCAAACCUUGACAUGCAUUCGCCAGAAUACAAUUCCUUCACCGAGCUUUUGCCUCUCAACUUGGUUUUUCUUGUAGUCAUCAUAUUAUUCUGCCCAUUCAACAUCAUGUAUCGGGCAGGUCGUUUCUUCUUUCUCACAUGUCUCUUCCACUGUAUCUUUGCUCCUUUGUACAAGGUCACACUCACGGAUUUCUUCUUGGCAGAUCAGUUGACAAGCCAGGUGCAAGCCCUAAGAAGUCUUGAGUUCUACAUUUGCUACUAUGGUUGGGGAGACUACAAGCACAGACAGAACACUUGCAAAAAAAGCGACGUAUAUAAAACUUUCUGGUUCAUCGUUGCUGUGAUUCCAUACUUGUCUCGGCUCCUUCAGUGCCUCCGUCGCCGGUUUGAAGAGAAAAAUUAUAGGGACGGAUAUAACGGGCUGAAAUAUUUUGUGACAAUUGUGGCUGUUUGCAUGAGGACAGCUUACAGUCUUGACAAGAGAUUGGGUUGGGGAGCGCUAGCCUGGAUUUUCUCAGCCUGUGCAGCAAUUGUUAGUACAUACUGGGAUCUCGUUAUUGACUGGGGGCUUCUGCAACGGCAAUCGAAGAACCGUUGGUUGAGAGACAAGCUCCUAAUACCUCACAAAAGUGUAUAUUUUGUAGCCAUGGUGUUGAAUGUUUUCCUGAGGUUUGCUUGGAUGCAAACUGUAUUGGGUUUUAAGGUGUCUUUCUUACAUGCAGAAUCCUUGGUCACCAUUGUAGCCAGCCUAGAGAUCAUUCGUCGUGGGAUAUGGAAUUUCUUCAGGCUGGAGAAUGAGCAUUUGAACAAUGUUGGCAACUUCCGAGCAUUCAAGUCUGUACCACUACCCUUCAACUAUGAUGGAGAUGACGACAAGGAUGAGUAAACUGUCACAGGCUGCAUUUUGAUUAAAAAAAGAAAGAAAAGCAAACACUAUUUAUCUCAAGGUUGUAUGUUGCUCACAUCAAGUGGCCAAUGAUCAUAAGGUCACUAAGCUUUGGUCAAGCAAAACCUUAGUUAUGAUCUUUCUUUUUUGAUAAGCAAAAGAAAUUUAUUAGAAGCGCAAAGGGCACAACCGAAUGUUAAAACCAGCUAUUCUAUUCCAUCUUCUUCAAAUCUUAAUACAAGCUAUUCAUUUUUCCUAAUAGAAUAGCCAUUCCACAUACCAAAUGGACCCUUGAGGUAUUUUGUGACAUGAUCUUUCAAAUCCAGCUGAUUGCAUUCUCACAACAAAUCAAGGUAUUUUGUGACUUU